GUUCCGCUCUGUCUGCUACAAGGUUAACUGCGGUGUAACUGUGCCGUGUUGCAAGGGGAAGCGAUUACAUUGGGUUUAGGAAUGGCAUUAGAAAUAGAGUCAUUCAUAAACGGGAAUAAUGUAUCAUCUGCAUGGUAUCUAAGACUUAAGACGUAAAAAAGGGCGACUACAUUACCCACAAUACUCUUCUCACGAACACAAGGUCAAGGUUCAGUAAGACACACAGAAACACGCACAUCAGGAAAACUGUCACAUCAGAGUUCUAACUCAGUCUCACAGAGAAUCAUAUCUGACUGAUUGAGCGUUACCAUGGCGACAGACCGACCAGUGGCACCAGGGGAAAACCAGGUUAAAGACGGGCUGAUCCAGGAGCUGGCGACAGAGUGGAGAGCCCAGGAGGAGGAGGGAGCGGGUGUGUGCCAGUUCUUCUUGAAGGGAAAGUGCCGUUUUGGACCAAAGUGUCGUAAGUCUCACAGCCCCACUCACCUCCACACCCCUCCCAGCAACCCUGAGUUGACCGGUCCAGAGUCAGGACAAACUGCCCUGGACAGCUGGAUGGAGGAAGAAAAGGAGGGAAAUCACAAGAAGAGUGGAAGAAAUACCAAAACACACAAGACAAAAAACACAGAGGAGAAAGGAUCAAGUAAAAAGCCUCGCAUGCGCACAGCAGACGAGGUCAUCGCCCGCAUCCUGUGGGACCCGACGUUAGAGGAGGUGGACUUUGUAGUGGGGUACGUGGAUCGCUUCCUAGGAGUCCUGGAGCGCCCCUUCUCUGAGUUCAACUGGGACGCCGACCCAUGUGACUGUGACUACACGACCGAGCUGGCCCUGCCCCAACACAGGAUACAGUACUUCACCCACAGAGGGCGCCGUGUCUGGGACCGCAACACCAGGACGGACAGAGUGUUCGGUUCCACUGGCAACCCUCUGGCGCCUCCCUUUGGAGGGGAGGAGGAAGUGACGGCAGAGGAGCAAAAAGCUAUUCCUCUGGAGGAGGAGGAAGAGGAGGAGGGAGAGGAGGAGGAGGAGGAGGGAGAGGAGGAGGAGACCGGAUGCCUUGCAGAGAGAGAGCAACACGAGACCAACGUUCUCAGUUCAGAGUCGGUCAAACAAGGCCUACCUGACCACCCCGAGUCAGGAAGCAGUCCACGGAGUCAACAGGAAGCAGGAAGAGAAUCCAAACCAUUGGAGGAGGAAGACGUAAACAAGGCUGCUGACUCUGGCUCAGUCAUCUCCACAGACCGCGUGUCUUUAUCUGAGAGAGAAGGAGCGACAGAGAAGGAAGAGGAUCCAAACAAGGAGGAAUGGAAGGAGACCUGGGAAGGAGACGAACAGGAGGGUCCAGCCCUGGACAGACUGCAGCCUGUCCCUUUGGAGCAGAGAGAAGAGAGGAGUGGGCGUCGACCCCCCAAACGCAAGCCCACCCACUUCAUCACCUUCAGAGCCAACACCCCCUCUAUCCUCUCCUCCUUUCAACGCCUUCAGGAGGAGCUGGUGGCCCUCCUCCCCUCCUCCGCCCCCUACUGGGUGCCCCCCUCCAGCCUCCACGUCACCCUGUGCCUCCUGGUGUUGCCCGGCCCGGCCCAGGUCACCGCUGCCGUGGAGAUCCUACGUCGGUUCGCCCACCUGGACCGCAACCCCCCCGUGGCUCUGACCUUCCCCCUGAAACUGAAGCACUUCAAUGGGAGGGUGCUCUACCUGAGCCCCCAGCCUCAGCUGCUCCUCCAACAGCUCAACAGCGGCCUGCAGGAGGCCUACAUGGAGCGGGGCUGGCUGCACAGGCACUCCUACAGCCCUCGCUACCACCUCACCCUGGCUAAGGUGAACUGGCAGGAGCGAGAGAGGCUGUUUGAAGGGGCGGGGGACCUGAGGGCUGGGAAGGGGUUGAGUUUUGGACGUUUGCCAGUGAACAGGCUGCACCUGUGUGGCAUGGGCAUGACCGAGGAUGGGUUUUAUGACACGGUGUGCACGGUCACUCUUCGCUGAGGAAGAGGUGGGUGUGUGUGUGUCUGUGUGUGUGUAUGUCGGCUUGUGUGUGUGUGCAUAGUGGAUGUGUGAGUGUUUGGCUCUAUAAUUCUUGUACUUUGAGAGCUCCGUUUGCACAGACAAAAUACAUGUCUCUCCAUGCUGCUAGCUCUGAGGCUCUCAACUAGCUGAACACGUCAUACUUUAAGACAAGCAGUUGCGAGAGUGAAAGCUAAGGCUUUGCAGUAGAAUCUGAAAAUUGUCAGAAUGGGGUACAAGUCCGAUCAAGAAGCAGAUACAUCAUGUAAACUUUAGAAAAACCAAUGCUUUCAGUACUUUAUAGUAUUCAUUUCACUUGGCUUUUAGAAAUGUAGAACUAUUCUAGAUGAAACUCACCACAUACAUUGUUCUUUUGGCUUCGUGUUUUUAGUAUGACUGCCUACGUAUUGUGUUGGAUUAAAUGAACUUUAAACUUGAA